UAUCCAAUAUUGUUGCUUGCAUUAUUUUGUAUGCCGUGUCGUACAUAUCUGGCUACAUUGACAUGCAUGCCAUGUUUGUUAUCCUGAAUUCGACUGCCACCUGUCAUCUAGGGCCAGCGAGUAUGACCCAUAGCCUGAUGGGAACCCGAAAUUUUGCCGGUUCUCGAUACCUUUGUUUAACUAUCUUUUGUGGCAUCCCGUGAAACAGCUCAUCCGAACUUGAGAACAACCUGCAAGGGAGGGGAAGAUCAGAGAGAACCCUCCAGUUUAUCUAUCGCAAUAUAAAAAAGGUCUAAUCUCCCGAAUCCUAUGCCGGCGUUGAGAGGCACUCCAGUGCAGCAUCCCGAGAUCUCGCAUAGUCAGCUCUCUUUAUUAAGCUAUCAUAACAUUCCGUUUGAUCUUCUCAAAAUGAAGUUCUUCGCUAUUGGUUGUCUUCUCGCAAUCGGUGCGAAUGCCUUGUACAUCAAAUCCGAGGCGAUCGGGGCCCCGGAUCAUCUGAGAUUGAGAUCAGCAAACAGCUCCAUCUGCGGCACCCAACUCACCGACAAUUUCGAGUUCCCGCAUUUGAUUGUCCCCGUGAACUCGUCUGCACCCGACACUGCGCUGGGCACCUCAUUCAAUGGCCAAGUGUCAUCGACUAUCUCGUCGUUAUUCAACUUUGACAUCCCCGCGGGCGGCGAGCUCAAGACCUGCUCGCUCGUUUUCCACUUCCCAAGCACGAUGCAGCACCCAUCCAACUACUACACUUUCGAAGGGGAUGGGAAUAUUCGCUUCGGUAAGCUCGAGACUCCAGCUCAGGUCACGUCCACGUUCAACAAUGCACCGCCGGUGCGUGAGGAUUAUGGAAGCUUUGCCAUGCAGCCUGGAAAUGCGUAUAGUAUUGCGAAUUUCCAGUGUCCGAUGGGAGAGAAAAUUGCGUUUCAAAUGUCAAAUGCUGGGUCGACGGUUCUGAGCUACUUCCAAAAUUAUGGAGACCCUCCAUUCGGCCUCUUCAUCACCCGCUGCACCGGCCAGUAG